AUGGCCACCCCGACCUCAUCAUUCGCAAACUUAUCACCGUCUUUGCUCGCUAAUCCGGAGCUCUGCACCAUCGACACCUGUCCACUGGAGUUAGCCAGUAUCGAAUACAUUCCGACGCUUCCAGGGAAUGCCCUCUAUGUCUCUCUCUUCGCUCUGUGCCUUCUCGUCCAGCUCUACUUUGGCAUUCGUUAUCGGACCUGGGGCUUCCUUGCCGGGAUGAUCGGCGGUUUGGUACUUGAGAUUCUCGGAUACGUUGCACGGAUCCAGAUUCAUUUCAAUCCCUUCCGCGAGGAUCCGUUCUUGAUGUACAUCGUUUGCCUCACCAUUGGCCCCGCCUUUCUCGCCGCCUCCAUCUACCUGACUCUCUCCCGGAUAAUCACGGUCUACUCACCGACACUCUCUCGCUUCCAACCCCGCACAUACACCAUCGUUUUCAUAAUCUUUGAUUUCUUCGCUCUCCUCCUUCAAGCAGCUGGCGGCGGCAUCGCCUCUGCCGCUGAGGACGACUCGCUAGGUCAGAUAGGAAUCAACAUCAUGAUUGCUGGCGUCUCAUGGCAGGUCUUCAGCCUUGGACUCUUCGCUGUUGUGUGUCUAGAAUUCGCAUGGCGGGUCCGAAAGGCGCGCGAAGAAGAUCUAAACCAGCAAGUGGAGUUUGUCGACUUGAGACGGACGACAAGAUUCAAAGUGUUCCUGUGGGUAUUGGCGGGUGCAACUUUGGCCAUUUUCGUCAGGUGUGUGUUCCGAUGUGCAGAGUUGAGUGAGGGUUUUGAUGGGAGAUUGGCAAACGAUGAGGUAACGUUAAUGGUCUUGGAAGGGGCUAUGAUUGUGAUCGCAGUAAUGUUGUUGACGGCUUUGCAUCCUGGACCGGCGUUUGGUGGAAUGUGGGCAAAUGCAACGUGGAGCCUCAGGGGUGCAAAGAAGAGACGUGUGGUUGUGGAGAAGCAUUCUGCGUGA